AUGACUCCAUGCAUUGCAGCCAUCUAUCGCCAUUGCAGGGCCCUUGGCUCGCAGGCAGAUUUUCAGCUCCGUCCUCCAUCUCGCUUGCCCAUCAUGCCUUUGCAGUCGGAUGUGCGAGAGCGGCUGCAGGCUUUCCUUCGAGAAGCCUCGGAUGGCGACGGCCUUGUCCGAAUCGUGGAGAACUGCUUGAACUACUUGAAGUCCAAGCAUCUCUUGACCUCCAUGAAGUUGGAGGCGAGCCUUGUGGGGAUCCAUCCCUGCAACCGGGAUGGGUACGGAGUGAAUCCACAAGACGUUCGUGAUCUUGUGGACUCGAUUGUCGAUGUGGGCUAUGUCCCCACACGUGUGCAUGCGGUCGGUGUCGAAGUCGAAGGAGACUGGGUCCGGCAGUGGAACAAGAAGCUGUUCGAGUCAGCCCACGGUCUUCUCGGAAGCCUUGAGCCGGAAGCGAUCAAGAUCACUUCGAUCUGCGGAUCACAUACCAAUUGCGCUUUGCGACUUUUUCAACAAGGUGCAAGCCACGGCAACGAGGUCGUGAGUGUGGGUGGAAAGCUCAGCAUGGAGCUUCUUCGUGCUCGGGAUGCUUCGUUCCACGAAGCAGCUGAUCAAGGCCUGACGUGGGACGUGAUCUCCUCCUCCGUGGCGGAAGAGUUCCCAGAGCUGAUCAGCUUGAUAUCCCGGUCAGGCAACACAUCGCUUCAACGAGGAGAACAUGAGCUACAAGUACUCCGUCGCAUCCAUUCCACGUACUACCGCUUGCAGACUCAGACUGGCCAAGCACCGGCUUUUGCAUCUCUGAAGAAGUUGAUAUUGGCCAGCAAACCAAGCUGCCAUGCCUCCGUACCCCACAUGUUUACGUUUUGUCUGAAGGCUUCCGGGGGUGCCGAUGCGAGCUUCCUUCAGGAGACGGAGUCCUUUGUGCGGGCUUACUGCCCUUCUUCUCGGCAAUUGGGGCCUGUCCUGUGGGCAUACUUGAGGCAGAAUGUGACCAUUGCUGAUGUGAAGAAGAUGACUUCUAAAGAACUCUUCCCCAAGGUCAAGGAAGCUGACAACAUGAUCCUCACGGUCAGGGGCAUCUUAAGGGAUGGAGCUCGCGAUUUCAUGACGGAUUCGCGGGUCGUGCAAGCUCUGGCCACUAUGGAUAUGACGAUAGCAUCGCACGUCCUCGGCAUCAAGGUGCCGGACGAGAAAAAGUACAAAACAGUCCAAGCGAUUGUCACGAUUUUUUGCUCGUGGCAAGAAACCUGUGUGAUGCUUGAGCUUGCUGAAGACGGCAGUAUCAAGGAACCUGAGAAGAUAUUGGCCUCCAAGGGUUUCGCUAUGGGUGCACACAUCCGUCGCAAGGUUGACAAAAUCGAGGGAGUUCUUUCAGAAGUGAAAGGUCAGAUGGUCUUUGUGAAGAUGGCUUCGGGAAAGACGGCCAAGGUGGAUCUCAAUGUUAUCCUGGCUGGAGAUUGGGUCGUGUUUGUUCCUCGUGUGCAGCCCACAAUGCUAGACAGCUUGGACCAGUACCAGCACCAUGUGGAUUUUGAUGCCAGCAUUCUUGCAUCGAAGAUUCAGCUUGAGCUCUACAAGCUUCACCAGUCCAUGGAGUGUGGAUCGGAGCACCUGAAAUUGCAGCUGAAGCCUUCGAGGGUGUUGCUUGCCAACUCGGACAUCAAGAAACUCUGCAUGGUGCCCAUGACCAACAAGGUCGUGCAGAAAUCCCAGGGCCAAGGCAACACCAUGUUUGAGGUGCAGACGGACUGGCAAGGAGACGACCGCAAGUUUUGGCUUUCCGGAGCCAACAUUCUACCCAAAGAUAACGACGACGACACUUGCAAACAUGUGGUAGUUCCCUUUUGGUUGGUGCAGCACAGCCAUCAGGAAGAGGAUUGCAAUGUGAAGCUUGUUUGGAUUGCGGGAACAGAGAAGAGCAUCAAGAUUCCGUUUUUAAAGAACACCAAGAAGAUCCCGGAAGGCAGCCCCAUUGUGGCUUUCAGAUCUAAAACGGUGCAGGUGGCUCCCUUGGAGGAAGUGGAGGACGACCACAAGACUUCGGCGCAGAAAAGAGCAUCGGCGAGCUCAGGUGGCUCCAGCAAGAAGGAUGCAUCGCCCGUGAUGAAGUGCAGGUGCAUUGUUGAAGUUGCUGCUUGCAUGGAUGUGUCGUUUUCGCCUAGGCAGGGCAUGUGUGCUCGCCGGCAGAAAACAGCUCCAGCCUCGCAUCAAACCAUUUCCCCCGUGCAUCGCAUCAUCAUGGCUUGCUUCGAGAUUGUGACGAAACAGGUUGUCGUGCUGGGUGACCGAAGCUGGAUGCCAACCCAAAAGAGUGUCGACGACCGGGGCUUCUGUGCUGUCUCGAAAUGGUCCCCGCAGCUUGUGAAAAUGAUCACAGGCAAACGACUGGACUUGCGGUCCGGCCAAGGGGAAUCAUCGGGGUCGCUGAACAUAAAGCUCUUUGACGAUUUGAUCGAGAAGAGGCAGGCUGCUUGCGACAAGCUGCUGGAAGAGGCCCUGAGGGACGAUGAAGCCGACGACGAGCCCAAGAAGAAGAAAAGCAAGAAGGAUAAGGUGAAGGCUUUGGCCAAGCAUUUGCACCUGUUGCCGGCGAUCGUCGACAUUACGAUCGAUGGCUUUCAGCUGUCGAUCCUCAGCGAGGGCCUGUCUACCGGGAGCAUCUUCGUGGAGAUGCUCUCCGAAAAUUUCAAUUGGCUCAUGGAGCAGGAGAAUCGACAAAUGCCUGUCGAUCGGAAGAAAAGAAGGCACAGCUCCCGGGACAAGACCGAUGCCAGCGAGGAUUCCGACAAGGAGGCCAAGAAGGUUCCAGCGGCGAAAGCCAAGGGCAAGGCCAAGGCCAAAGCCAAGAGCCCGGCCCUGAAGAGCAUCCUGAAUGGCUCCCCGGCCAAGAACCCGGCCCCGAAGGGCAUCGUUGGCUCCCCGGCGAAGGCCAAGAAGUUGGGUGCCACGUCUGUGCCAUGCUUGCUUUUUCAGCUCUUUUGGCUUGUGAAGCUGCCGUGGUUUUUGGGAGUGAUGAUGUCCUUUAGCUUCUUGUCGCGAAGCCUUCCCUCCGCUGUGGAGGCCGAUGUGGUGGAGCGGCUGCAGCUCCACACGGACUUCUCGAAGUCCGGGAGGGGGAAAUACAAGAAUGAUGAAGGCACCACGAUUUCCUGGUCGGCCAAGAUGGGGUGGAAGAUCCUGUCUGUUGGUGACAUGUACUUCAAGCACCCAGACGUGCAGGCCAUGAACGUGCCUGCCAGCCCUGGCGGGUGGCUCUACUGGAACGACGAUGUGGGAGAUUUUAAAGCUUCUGUGAUAUGCCUGGAAGGCCACGAGGAGUCGGACACCGUGGAGGUGGACGUCGAGGAUCCAGCGGCCGAGCCCAGCAUGCCCGACAUGUCAUUGCAACUGCUUUUGCAUGACCCGCCUCCGAAGAGGUACAUGGACCCCGUGCCAAAGACCAAGGCUUUGCCCUCGAACUGGGACGAAGGAGAUCUGAUGCCGGACACGAAGGGCAAAGGGCACUACGUGUCGCUUUCAUCGACGAGCACGGGCAGGCUUGCCUUGGUCUUUGUGAUGGUGCUUCAGGUUUGCCUCUGCUUGCUGCUGGCCCCGUUGCAGGAGUGGGCGGCGGGCAUGGGGAGAAAGAGGGCCCGGACACGUGGUGGCCAAGGUGUCCGGGCACUCCAGGCCCAAGGGGCCUUGGAGGAGUCCCGAAGCCACAUGGAGGACCCUUGCUGCUUGCCAAUCCACGAGAACAGCAAAGCUGAAGACACCGCGAGCCCCGACAUGCAGGACUUGCGGGCCUCCCUCCACACCAUGGGGGUCAUGGCCGAGACGAUGAACCUGCAAGAAAAGCGAGUCCGUUGA